GCCGCCAUCGCCUGUGCUGCUUCCCUGGCUCUGCGAAGGAAAGGUCUCGCGCCAAGGCCCCAUCGGCAUCUGAGGUGCCAGGAUGGUGGGGGAACUCCGCUACAGGGAAUUCAGAGUGCCUCUGGGGCCUGGAUUGCAUGCCUACCCUGAGGAGCUGAUCCGCCAGCGGGUGGGCCAUGAUGGGCAUCCUGAGUACCAGAUCCGAUGGCUCAUCCUCAGGCGAGGAGAUGACGGGGCUGGGGGCUCUACCCAAGUGGACUGCAAGGCUGAACACAUUCUACUGUGGAUGUCUAAUGAUGAGAUCUAUGCCAAUUGUCACAAGAUGCUGGGCGAGGAUGGUCAGGUCGUCGGGCCCUCCCAGGAGUCUGCUGGAGAGGCUGGGGCCCUGGACAAAUCAGUACUGGGGGAGAUGGAAACAGAUGUGAAGUCCCUGAUUCAGAGAGCCCUUCGGCAGUUAGAGGAGUGCGUGGGCACCAUUCCUCCUGCCCCUCUGCUUCACACUGUCCAUGUGCUCAGCGCCUAUGCCAGCAUUGAGCCCCUCACAGGGGUUUUCAAAGACCCGAGGGUCCUGGACUUGCUUAUGCACAUGUUGAGUAGUCCUGAUUAUCAGAUGCGCUGGAGUGCAGGCCGAAUGAUCCAAGCCCUGGCCUCUCAUGAUGCUGGGACCCGGACCCAGAUCCUUUUGUCACUGAGUCAGCAGGAUGCCAUUGAGAAGCACCUGGAUUUUGACAGCCGCUGUGCUCUGCUGGCCCUGUUUGCACAGGCUACACUCUCUGAACACCCCAUGUCUUUCGAAGGGAUUCAGCUGCCACAGGUCCCAGGAAGGCUGCUCUUCUCACUGGUGAAGCGCUAUUUGCAUGUCACCUCUCUCCUGGAUCAGCUGAAUGACAGUGCUGUGGAACCAGGCCUCCAGAACAACUCUGCUCCUGAGGAGUUGAAUGGGGAGAGGAGCCGGCUGGAGCUGGAAUACAGUCUGGCCAUGGGCAGCCUAAUCUCAGAGCUGGUGCAGGCAAUGCGCUGGGACCGGGUCUCCAGCAGACGAGGGAGCUGGGCACGCCCCCCCUGUUCCAUCUUCCAGCCCCACCCAGCAGAUGCAGAGCAGGGAUUCCCAGAUGCCCAGGCCCAGCCUGUGCUCAGGAGGUCCAGGCGGUUUCGCUCUCGCUCUGAGUUUGCAAGCGGCAAUACCUAUGCCUUGUAUGUGCGGGAUACACUGCAGCCAGGGAUGCGAGUGCGCAUGCUGAGCAAUUAUGAGGAAAUCAGUGCUGGGGAUGAGGGCGAGUUUCGGCAGAGCAACAGUGGUGUGCCCCCUGUGCAGGUGCUGUGGGAAUCGACAGGCCGUACCUACUGGGUCCAUUGGCACAUGCUAGAGAUCCUGGGCUUUGAGGAAGACAUUGAAGAUGUGGUUGGGGUUGUGGAGUACCAGGGGGCAGUAAUCAAUGGAACCCUUGGUAUGGCCCUGCCCUCAUGGCGGUGGAAGCCCAUUGUGGAACUCUAUGCGGUGCCUUACGCGCUGCCCGAGGAUGAGGAUGCUGAGGAGAUUGAGCACCUGACCCAGGCCGAGUGGUGGGAGCUCCUCUUCUUCAUCAAGAAGCUGGAGGCUCCUGACCAUCAGGAGGUCCUCCAGAUCCUGCAGGAGAACCUGGAUGGGGAGAUUCUGGAUGAUGAACUCCUGACUGAGCUGGCAGUGCCCAUGGAGCUGGCCCAGGACCUGCUGCUGGCUUUGCCACAGCGGCUCGAUGACAGUGCCCUCCGGGAUCUACUCAACUGCCGGGUCUAUAGGAAGUUUGGGCCCGAGGACCUGGCAAGGCAGCUGACCUACCCGCCCCUUCUGGAAGCCCAGCACGAUGCCAUACUGCCGGAAGCCCAGGCCCAGAAAUCAGAAGAUGCAGCCAGAGCAGAAGCAAAAGAACCCAAGACUCAGUGUUCCACCAGUCCCCUGCAGCAUCUGGUGAAGGGUUAUGGUCCAGCGGGAAAAAUACUCCUGGAUCUGGAGCGAGCCCUCAGUUCGGAGGGCACCCAGGAAAGUGAGGCCAAACCACUCGUGCUGCAGCUCCAGCGGCAACCCCAGCCCUUCCUCAUGCUCAUGCAGAGCCUCAGCACUCCAGCCUCCCACAGGGCCCUGCACCUAAUCGCUUUGAGAAUCCUGAUGCGGCUGGUGGACUUUCCUGAGGCGCUGCUGCUGCCCUGGCAUGAGGCCAUGGAUGCUUGCAUGGCCUGCCUGCGGUCCCCAAACACUGACCGAGAGGUGUUGCAGGAACUGAUCUUCUUCCUGCACCGUCUGGCCUCAGCAAGCAAGGACUAUGCCGUGGUGUUGAACCAGCUAGGUGCCCGAGAUGCCAUCUCCAAGGCUCUGGAAAAGCACUUGGGGAAGCUGGAGCUGGCUCAGGAGCUUCGGGACAUGGUGUUUAAGUGUGAGAAGCAUUCCCACCUCUACCGGAAACUCAUCACCAACAUCCUGGGAGGCUGUAUCCAGAUGGUUCUGGGCCAGAUUGAAGACCACAGACGAACCCAUCGGCCCAUCAACAUCCCCUUCUUUGACGUGUUCCUCAGAUACCUUUGCCAGGGCUCCAGUGUGGAAAUGAAGGAGGACAGAUGCUGGGAGAAAGUUGAGGUGUCUUCCAACCCUCACCGGGCCAGUCGACUGAUGGACCGCAAUCCCAAGACCUACUGGGAGUCCCACGGCAGCGCUGGCUCCCACACCAUCACCCUGCACAUGCGCCAGGGCGUCCUCCUCCGGCAGCUGGCUCUACUGGUAUCCAGCGAGGACUCAAGCUACAUGCCAGCCAGGGUGGUGGUGUUCGGGGGUGACAGCACCAACUCUCUUAACACGGAACUUACCUCGGUCAACGUGAUGCCCGCUGCCAGCCGGGUGAUCCUCCUGGAGAAUCUGAACCGCUUCUGGCCCAUCAUCCAGAUCCGCAUAAAGCGUUGCCAGCAGGGUGGCAUUGACACACGCAUUCGGGGGUUGGAGGUCCUGGGCCCCAAGCCCACCUUGUGGCCAGUGUUCCGGGAGCAGCUAUGUCGCCACACACGCCUUUUCUACAUGGUCCGGGCGCAGGCCUGGAGUCAGGACAUAGCCGAGGACCGAAGGAGCCUGCUACACCUCAGCUCCAGACUAAAUGGAGCUCUGCGCCAGGAGCAGAAUUUUGCUGAACACUUCCUCCCUGACGAGGAGGCCGCCCAAGCCCUGGGCAAGACCUGCUGGGAGGCCCUGGUCAGCCCUCUCGUGCAGAACAUCACUUCCACUGAUGAGGAUGGCAUCAGCCCCCUGGGCUGGCUGCUGGACCAAUACCUGGAGUGUCAGGAGGCUGCCCAUAACCCUCAGAGCCGCGCGGCAGCUUUCUCUUCGCGAGUGCGCCGUCUCACUCACCUGCUGGUACACGUUGAGCCCUGUGAGGUGCCCCCUCCGGUGGUGGCCAUGCCUCAGCCCAAGUGCAGGAAUAGAAGUCAUGACUGGAGCUCCUUGGCUACACGGGGGCUUCCAAGCAGCAUCAUGAGAAACCUGACCCGCUGUUGGCGGGCGGUGGUGGAGGAGCAGGUGAACAAGUUCCUGACCUCAUACUGGCAUGAUGAUGACUUUGUGCCUCGCUAUUGUGAACACUUUGAUAAGCUGCAGAAUUCAAACUCAGAGCUGUUUGGGCCACGGGCCGCCUUCUUGCUGGCGUUGCAGAAUGGCUGUGCUGGGGCUUUGCUGAGGCUCCCCUUCCUCAAAGCAGCCCACGUGAGUGAGCAGUUUGCCCGGCACAUCGACCAGCGAAUUCAGGGCAGUCGGAUUGGUGGGGUCCGGGGUAUGGAGAUGCUGGCACAACUGCAGCGAUGCCUGGAAACCGUGUUGGUGUUCUCUGGCCUGGAGAUAGCCACAACCUUUGAGCAUUACUACCAGCACUACAUGGCAGACCGACUCCUGGGCGUGGGCCCGAGCUGGCUGGAGGGGGCUGUGCUGGAGCAGAUUGGUCCCUGCUUCCCCAACCGCCUCCCCCAGCAGAUGCUGCAAAGCCUGAACACCUCUGAGGAGCUGCAGCGCCAGUUCCAUGUCUACCAGCUCCAGCGGUUGGACCAAGAACUGCUGAAGCUGGAUGAUACAGAGAAGAAAAUACAGGUGGGUCACGAGGCCAGCGGCCAGGAAAAUGGAAGAGAGGUAGAGGAGGAACCUGGGGCUACAGCAGCAGAAGUAGGGGAGAGAGAGGAGGAGGAGAAUGAGAAUGAGGACCUCUUCUAUGAGGGGACCAUGCCGGAAGUCUCUGUGCUUGUCCUGUCGCCGAGCUGCUGGCCCAUCUCCUCCAUCUGCCACGUGUUGAACCCCAGGACCUGCCUGCCUUCUUACCUGAGGGGAACACUGAACCGAUACUCCAACUUCUACAACAAGAGCCAGAGCCACCCUGGCUUGGAGCAAAGCCCGCAAAGACGGCUACAGUGGACCUGGCUGGGCCGGGCCGAGCUGCAGUUUGGGGACCAGACCCUGCAUGUGUCUACUGUGCAGAUGUGGCUGCUGCUGUAUCUCAAUGAUCUGAAGGCCAUCUCUGUAGAGAGUCUGCUGGAACUCUCUGGACUCUCUCCUGACAUGCUGAAUCCAGCAAUUGGACCUCUCACCUCUUCAAGAGGCCCCUUGGACCUUGAGGAGCAUAAGGAUGCACCUGGAGGGGUGCUCAAGAUUCGUGACGACAGUGAGGAGCCCAGGCCGUGGAGAGGCAACGUGUGGCUCAUCCCACCCAAGACAUACCUGAAAGCAGAGGAUGAAGAGGGCCGGAACUUGGAGAAGAGACGGAACCUUCUAAACUGCAUAAUUGUCCGAAUCCUCAAGGCCCAUGGGGAUGAGGGACUACAUAUUGACCAGCUUGUCUGCCUGGUGCUGGAGGCUUGGCAGAAGGGCCCGUGUCCUCCUCGAGGUUUGGUCAGCAGCCUGGGCCAGGGCUCUGCCUGCAGCAGUACAGACGUUCUCUCCUGCAUCCUGCACCUCCUGGGUAAGGGCACAGUGAGACGCCAUGAUGACCGGCCCCAGGUGCUGUCUUACGCUGUGCCCGUGACGGUGAUGGAGCCUCACACCGAGUCCUUGAACCCAGGCUCAUCGGGCCCCAACCCUCCCCUCACCUUCCACACUCUGCAGAUUCGUUCUCGGGGCGUGCCCUAUGCCUCCUGCACCAGUACCCAGACCUUCUCUACCUUCCGGUAGCCCUCCCUGGAGGUGUGGUCAGAGGAAGGUAGGACAGGGGCUUUCUACAGAAAUAAAAUGCAGGAGUUUGAUGAU